AUGUCCUCUAGUAUUAAGGAUGUUCCAUAUGUUGGCUACACCUGUAUCGGACCAUACAUCGUUCUAUGGUCCCGUGUAGCCUUUGGCUCUACAGCAGCGCCUAAUCAACUUGACGCUUCUAUGGAAGAUGUGAUUAAUGAGAUCAAGGCAUUGUCCAAGCUGGCUUCUACAGUUGAAGCUCCGGUUACUCGUCUAUGUGAUAUUGAGCCUCAUUUGGUUGAGCGUUGUCUACUGAGAUCUAGCACUGAGGCCUUCUCCUAUCUACAGGUUUGUCCACCGGUCCCCAAGGAGAUCACACUGAUCAAGUUUGUCGAUGAUGUCUAUACCGGUGGAUCUAACAAGUCUAGAGUUACAUCAAGCUAUGACUUCAUUACCUAUAUCUCUAAUGGUCACGACUUCGUCAUUGAACCUAAGAAGCGUUUUAAUAGUUGGGAGCCUGUGAUGGUCAACGAUGUCGAAGAACGACGCCAUCUACUUGGUUAUGACUAUUCUGCUGUCGAGGAUUCCUUCUACCCUACUUUCAGUGGUGGUCAACUUCAAGGGAAUCCUAUGACCAAGCGACAGUCUUGUGCGGUACUGGCAAGCUUCUACGAUCCAUUAGGUCUAAUAGUGGAGCACGAUAUGUCUGCGAGAUCUAUCUGGCGUAGUAUCAACAAGUCCACUACUGAGUGGGAUUCAACUAUACCUUCUAGUCUCAAGGAUGAAGUCUGUAC